CAGCGGCAAGAGAUCUCUUUUCGAAAUUCAUGGUCACACAUGCGUUAGCCCUAGUACUGUACAUACCUUGAGGUUUAGGUUAAGGCUUUGUCAGCGUCCAUGCAUUAGAGUGUCCGUAUUAUCACAUUAACCUAGUCAGAAUGGCUGAAUCAAUAAGGAUAUACGAAGAUCAAGAAAACAGAGUUCCAGGCGUCGCACUACGGGCAAAACGCGAUGGAUUACGUGCAACUAAUAAUCAACGAACGGCUUUUGCUGUCCUGAGCACAUCACAAAAUUCUGUUAAUUUACGGAGGCAGCCUUCAAGGACAGUAAAGCAGACGUCGUCAGAUGCCGAUUCUCUGAAGUGCAGUCAAGAUGAAAACUCGUACGCUCGCACCAAGUCCCUCACGAGCACCGCAUCCAGUUUAUCCUUGUCGGUGUAUAGCGAUAAUUCUGCCGACAACUCUAAAUCCUCCACAAAUACCAGCAGCUCCUCCUUGACGUCGGUGGCGCCCAACAAUGUCAGGUCCAAGACUGCGACCGAAGCGGUCGACAGAAGCUCUCUACACUAUGCCGCUGCUAAGCUGGGGGAGCAACUACAAAGCUCCCUCAGCGCCCUUCCCAGAGCGAGGCCGUUGAUAGACAGCAGCGUGAGCGUGACAGAGGAGCUGAUGGAGCUGAGCGCAGCUGAUGAGGACAGCGCCACCAACAUGAGCGUCGCCACGCCCUCCCGACCUCAGGAAGAGCUCCUCAGCAUGCGCGAAGAGAGCAUGUGGGACAUGUCAGAGUACGCCGCGGAUAUAUACUUGUAUCUCCGGGAAGCAGAGAAAAUUCACCGUCCGCGGACCAACUACAUGGAGAAGCAGACCGACAUAACCGUGUCAAUGAGGUGGAUCUUGGUAGACUGGAUGGUUGAAGUCGCUGAGGAAUACAACCUGUCCACAGAGACGCUAUAUCUAGCAGUGUCUUACAUAGACCGCUUCCUCUCCCACAUGUCAGUCAAGCGACAUAAACUUCAGCUCGUUGGCACAACCGCUAUGUUCAUUGCAUCUAAAUAUGAAGAAAUCUAUCCUCCCGACGUUUCUCAAUUCGCCUACAUCACUGAUAAUACUUAUAAGGUUUCGGAUAUUCUACGGAUGGAGCACCUAAUCUUGAAGGUGCUGAGCUUCGACAUGGCCGUUCCUACAGCUUUUGUCUUCAUUAACAAAUUCUCACGCACUCUCGGCUGUACGGAGGCAACUACGUGUUUAGCUUUGUUCAUAGCAGAGCUGACGAUGCUAGACUGUGACCCAUUCCUUCGUUACCUUCCCUCGGAGAUUGCUGCCUCCGCGCUCGCCAUAGCCAACUUUACUCAGGGACACACGCCUUGGCCUGCGAUCAUGACCGAGAAGUAUCAAUACACACUAGAAGAUCUACGGGGCUGUUACGUUAAUCUUAACAGGACUCUGAGCAAAGUGCAUGAGAGCGCUCAGCAUGCCAUCAGAGAAAAGUACAAAAAUCCCAAAAUGCACGCCGUGUCCAACAUGAAGGCGCGCACUGAGCUGCCUUUCUAGAUGGUGUCUCCACCUGAAGACGACGGUCAACGCGAAGUUUUUUUCGCUUCGCUACCAACACUGCCUUUUUAUUUACCAAAGUACCGGUCAUGGUUGGGUGAGGAGCUGAUGUUCUCGGAGAGCCUGCUAGUACGUUUAGCUACAAGUACCUGCUGUGUUUCAUCUUCGCCUCGUUUAUAUUUUGCCUCUCAUCCGUCAUUCCUCACAUGAUGUGUGAUCAUAUCUCUGUAAAUAACGUUUCAUAGGAUAUAAGAGCUUCAUGAAGUUCUGUUCUCUUUUAUCUGUGACUGCUAGUCGAGAUUACAGCUCGAAUGUGUUGACAAGACUACUGUCUUGAUUUUUUUUUCUCAUCGCGGUUUCGUGAACAUGGUAGUUUUUUUUUUUUAAUCUGACUCGAUCAAUGCUAGGAAGCGUGUCAGCAUAUUUAUGUGCAUAAUUUGAAAAUUAAUGAGGAGGGUUCCAAUUAUGAACUGCCACCCGUUUUUAAUUAUUUAGUUCAAUUCCACGAUUGCAUCCGAUGGCCUGCGCGAAUUUUUUUUAAUCCAUCUAAUCGUGUAUCCAAUUUGAAUGCAUAUUUCAUUGCCUACAUGGCAUAUUUUCUGACGCAUGGAGAAUUUGAAUUUAUAUCUAGAUAAUUAUUGUGGUAUUUGACCAAUUAACUUGCCUGCGUUAAAGCUGUUCCACGUUACCUAGAUAUUAAUAACGACAAGUAAAGCUUCUUAAUGCUACUGUGAUUGUAAACUAUAGCCCCCCAUUAUAGACACAGCCCGCCAAGGUAUCUUCUAGCUCGGUAUUUAUUUUGAUCUUAAAUUAAGUUGUUCGAGCGAAAAGCUUCCUUGCCAAUUUCAGAGUUCAAAUUUAGUUGUUCAGCUGUUAGCGGAAAAAAAUUUCAAUGUUAUUUUCACAUGUGGAGAUGAUUCUGUACGGAUAACUCAAGUUUUAGUUACGGACGAAUUUUGAUUAUAAACGCUGCACGAUUGUAAUUUUUCAAAAUAUUUUUGAGAUUAUCAUAGUUUUUAUUGAUCCUGUUAAGAUACAACUACUUUUCCAUUUCUAGCUUGUAAUAAAGCAGAACGUCCUGUUAUAUAUGAAAUGAUAUACAUCCCUGCCGCGAAUGAAGCGGAUAGGAUCAGCCAUUUGUUUUAAGGUGCCAUGCUGGAUUUAUUUUAAUGUUGGCUGGGCCAUGCUAGGAAUCGACAAUUCAUGAAAUGUUCAUUCUGUAAAGAGAAACUGAAUGUUGAUGACUAAUCAGGAGGUAUCUGUUCAAUCCCGUUAAAACCAUUUCCAACGAUGAACCGUAUCAAUUGAUCCCCGUUCCCGUGUGAUUUUGGAACUGAUGGCAUAUAUAAUUGAAUGACUA